AUGCGUCGAGGCGGUAGCGCGGCGUCACGGGUGUGUGUACCGUCGCUGCACCGAGUUCCACUGGCGCAGCCGCGCCAAGCAGUGCCCCUUUUUUCCCCAAAGGGGGAGAAGCUUCAUAUGUGGCGUUCCUCGGCACUGGCGGCAUACCAUCAGCACCAGUUGCGACGCCUUGCAUUGUUGGUGGCUGAAGGAGUCAAGGACGAUACAAAAACUCUUGUUGCCUGCUCUGUUGUUGCCCACCGGCGUUCCACGUUAACUGCCCCCACACACGUCAUGGAUGCCGUGUUCUGCGCGACAGGGGUGAAUCAUGCCCUUCAUCGUCAAUUCAAUGCCGGCAAAACGUUAAAGGGAAUUCUUAGGGGAUGUGCGGAGCAGAACGCGCUUGGCGUGGCGGCCGCAAGUGGUCACCGCUACUCAGCCAUCACCGACGUGUAUUUAUACGCAUCGCCGGCACCGGCAUCGUGUCCACAGCACGUGAACAAGAACUUUUGCAGUCAUCUUGGGCCUGGAAACAGACCUGUGGAUGAUAGUAGGGGCGUCAAUCGACCACCACCUGUAAGUGGGGCUGUCUUUCCCUGCCCGGAGUGCUGGCGGAAUCUCUCCGCCGUAGCUGAAAUGCGGCAAGAUGACGGCGAGCCUGGACCGCUGAAAUUGUUUGUUCACACACAAAAUGAGGUGAUGGCCAUGUGCAGUGUAUCUGUUGCCAGGGAGUGUCUGAGGACGUCCCCAGCGCUUGCAAUAGACGUCACAAUAGUCAUCCCCGGAUAG